AUGCCCCCCGCCAACAACAUUGCAUACACGGCCCCCAUCAACCCACCGGGCGAAACCCCACUUUCCCACGAUCAAGUAUGGGCUGGCCUUAUUUUGAAAAUCAGCUCCGCUGAAACCUUCGUGUCGGGGGCGAUCUCGAAGACUGAUGUGCUGAGCGAAUCGGUCGAUCCAUCAACCGGAAACACCGUGAUUGUACGAGAUGUGGUCUUUCGCGAAUCGGGCAAGAAAGUCCAGGAAACCGUGACUGCAUAUGAGCCCACCCGCGUGGAAUUCGAGCAGGUUGGUGGGAAUAUCAGCAACGUCAUCAGUGAGGGAGGUAAUGGGGAGCUUUAUUUGACUUAUAUCUUCGAAUGGAAACACCCCGAGGCGUCGAAGAAAGAGAUGGGGGAGUUUUUGGCGAAGGAAAAGAACAUGGCGAAGUCUGCGGUGGAAGGGACGCUUAAGGUUCUGCGACAGUUGGUUGCGGAUCAGAAACUGUGA